ACUAAAACCAACAAGAUGAAGGUGAAAUGGACCCAGCUGGGUUUGGUGUUCUUCCUCGUUUUGUCCCUGGUGAUGACAGGAUGCUUCUUCUGGCAAUAUCAGCUGCCAAAACUCCUGCCAGAUGACAGGAUGGGUCGCAAUGCCGCAUCGGAGAUGAUGUGUCCUCGCUUCCCCGAGCCUCUCCAGCUGGAGCAUCCCAUCCCCAGUCUGAAAGAGGCGCUGGAAAAGGUGGACGUUUUGCUUCGGCAGACCGUCAACCCCAUCAGCCUUCCCUCGCUGUCGGCCAUCGUGAUCUUAAAUGACACUGUUCUGUGGACCGGCAACUUUGGAAAAAGGAAUAGCAGUGACCCUCUCUCAGGACCCCCCAAUGAGUACACAAUAUACAGAAUUGCAAGCCUAUCCAAAAUCUUCCCGACUUUGAUGUUAUACAAAUUGUGGGAGGACGGGAAGAUUGGUUCCCUGGAUGACCCUCUGGAGAAAUAUGUGGAGAACUUCACCAUCAAAAAUCCUCUGGGAAAGACGCGAGACUCUGAGCUGAAAUACGUGACAGAUGGCCUGAUAUUCCUGGACAGUGGGGAGGUUCAGAUACGCUCCUCCUCUGUCACCCUGCGCAGGAUGGCCAGCCAGCUCUCAGGCCUACCCAGGAGACUCCGGGCCACAAGUCUGCUUUGGAAAGGAAAAACACAAACUGCAAUAAAUCUGAUGCAAGAUGAUGUCCUCGUCGCAGACCCAGGCACCAAAUGUCACUACAGCAACCUUGCCUUCUCGUUGUUGGCUCAUGUGAUGGCUGAGCGAGUGGCUGCCGUUGACUACCAGCGCUGGAUCGCAGACAAUAUCCUGGACCGGCUGGGGAUGGAGGACACUGGCUUCGACAUCACCCCAGGGCUCGGGGGCCAGAUGGCUGUGGGAGUGUACUCCAACGGAAAGCCAGCCCCGCUAUACGACCUAGGCUGGUACCGGCCUUCAGGUCAGAUGUUCUCCACGGCUGCAGACUUGGCCAAGCUCGCCAUGGUGCUGCUGGGCGCUUAUCACCGCAAGAUGCUGGAGCCAGACUCAUUGAAGAUCAUGCUGACCCCGCUCUUCAGGUGCGAUAAGGACUACUUUGCCAACCGUACUGGAACGCCGUGGGAGGUGAAUGAGCUCAUGGGCUACGAGAUGGUGCGUAAAGAUGGAGAUCUGGAUGGCUACUCUGCCACCUUCUCCCUGGUGCCCAGACUGAAGCUCGGUCUGGUGGUGCUAAUGGCUGGCAGCCGAUCUCAGAAGCAGGACUUGGUCACCAAGGCCUACACCCACAUCAUACCAGCCAUAGAAAGAGCCUUCAGGCAGGCUAAGAAGAUCCUCUAUCCCCCGCCAAACCCAGAACCUUACAUCGGCUUUUUCACAUACAGCAACAUCACCUUCUACGAGAUAAAAGUUGGGCCAGACGGAGUUCUAAUAAUGCAACAGUUUGGGCCUCAGAUUGAGGAGCUGAUCCCAGAGAAGUACAGAACAAUACAGCUCAACUACCUGGUUGACCGCGUGUUCAGAGUAGUUUUUGAAAAAGAAUACCCUUGUGUUUUACAAGUCGGCACAGCCUCAGUGUCCCUGGAAGCCCAAGAUGGCCAAUUAUUUAACUUCUACACAUUUGACAAGCGCGGUUUGUCCCCUGGUUUUGAUGCACCAGGACUUAACACGUACAAUGUGGUAAGAAUAGCCCGCAGACCAUCCUUUUCGAGCUGA